AUGGGAACGUGCUCUCUCCCCUUGCCUCGUGUUAUUGUCAAAAGAAAACAAGCUGGGGGUCACCCCAGCUUCUCGAACAGUUCCCGACCUUCUCCAAUUCCAGGUUUACGUCCCGACGCCGUUGUCUCCAAGAUUUUCGUCGCCAGUAGUCCUCCGUGUAAUGGUCGUAAGUGCACAAGGUUUGCCCGUUGCCAGGUAAGUGGCGCUGAUCGUAAUCAAUGUUUCCCUUUUUCCAGCAGCUCUCACCUGUCCAGUGGAGAGAUCUGCCACGCUCAACACACUCACUGAACGGAGACGGCGGCUGA